AUGCUCAACCUUUGCAUGGAGAUUCUUUUUGAGUCUAGCAGAGUGAUGAACAAUCACAAGCCAAGUAAUGUGACUGUAGCAUACGCCUGCGAAGGAAGUACGUUGUACUUGUCCUGUAAACAAGGGGAGCUAAUCCGGGUCCUCCGGGCAAACUAUGGACGUUUCAUUCUGACAAUGUGUAACCAGCAUGGCACAACCUCUGGUUGGAACCUACAGUGUGCCUCAAGGACAUCACAGAGAAUAGUGGCAGAAAGGUGCACAGGGAAAAAUAUAUGCACAAUACCGGCCUCGGCCAGUCAGUAUGUAAGGGAGCCCUGUGAACAAGCCUAUAGAUACCUCCAAGUUGAAUUUGAGUGUUAUGGUCCACCCACUACUACCAGUACAUCAACAACCACUAUAGCCACCACAACACCGAAACCUACCACUCCAACACCUAAACCUGUCACAAAGGAACCCUGGACACCCUCAACAACCACCACGCCUUGGAGAGUAACAACUCAUCCCACCCCUCGUCCCCCUAUUACACAUUCCCCGACUGUUGCCCCUGACUCCAAUGAUGACAACGAAGGGACUCUGCCAAGACUGAAAACCUGUUACGGCAAACAUCAGGAGGGUGUUUGGUGGCCUCCUAUUGAGGAAGGAGAUACUUUUGAACGACCUUGUCCACAGGGUAGAAUCGGUAUGAUGUCUUGGCGGUGUGGGAAAGGAGAGUGGAUUGGAGAACCUGAUCAGUCUAACUGUGUAUCAUCAUGGGUGAAGAAUGUAGAAGAUAUGAUGACACAGAACAGUGAUGCAGAAGAAACUGUGGAAAAGAUGCUACAGAUGACAGAUCGUGGCAAGGCAAUAUGGGUAGGGGACUUGAAGAAAACCGCUAAAACUCUCCUCCCCAACCUCAUUAAGCUUGCAAAAAGACAAACAGGAAAACACUCCAAGAAGCGCAAGAAAGAGACACUGAAAAGGCUAACAAAGAAUAUUGUGAAGACAGGAAGUAACCUGUUGUCACAGGAACACAGCAGCUCUUGGGAGAAACUAAAUGCUGUUGAUCGCUCAGAAGUAGCUACAUCCUUGGUGAAUGGAAUGGAGGAAACAGGCUUUGAAAUAGCCAGCACACUAUAUGUGGAUGAGUCAAUAAUGCAAGCAGAUGAAAACAUAUUGUUUGAAGUGAAUGCUGUAGAUGCGACUAAAAAGUCUGUGAAGUUUCCAUCCAGGAGUGCUGGAGGUGUAUGGGCGGAGGAUGCUGAUCAAGUCACCAUUCCUAUAGACAGCCUCAAACAUGCCCAUCAGGACGGUAUGGUGAAAAUUGUGUUUGUGGUGUAUCAACAUCUCAACGAGUGGAUGGUCAGUGAUCCGACUAACAAGGACACACAGACAGACACUGCAGGUUACAUGUCCGACGGGACAGACACAGGAGUCGAGACUGUGACCAAGGCUCCAAACAUUGUUGGACCUAUCAACUCUAAGAUAUUUUCUGCUUCAGUAAACAAUGACACCAGGAAACCAACACCUUUGGAACAGCCUGUCUUAUUCACUCUGAAACAUUUACAGCCUCAGUCAAACUAUGACCCUGUGUGUAGUUACUGGGAUGUCUACAGCAAUGACCCUGCCCACUGGUCAAGUAAAGGAUGUGAAUCCGUGUCCAGCAACAGCACACACACCACCUGUCAGUGUAAUCACCUUACAAACUUCGCUGUCCUCAUGGACGUCACUGGAACCAAGUUGUCCCCAGAACACCAGGUGUCACUCCGAGCAAUCACAUUUUUCGGCUGUAUCAUCUCCAUCUUGUGUCUUUUCUUCAGCUUUUUCACUUUCUGCUUUUUCAAACAGCUUCAGUGUGACAGAAAUACUAUACACAAAAAUCUAGUGUUCUCUCUCAUGUUGGCGGAACUUCUCUUCUUGGUUGGCAUAGGAAUGACUCAAAACCAUAUUGUGUGUGCCAUAAUAGCGGGUGUCCUUCACUACCUUUUCCUGUGUGCAUUUGGCUGGAUGUGUCUAGAGGGAGUCCAGCUUUAUGUUAUGCUCAUAGAAGUAUUUGAACCUGGUCGUUCUCGCAGCAAGAUCUACUAUUUAUGUGGAUAUGUGAUCCCAGCAAUUGUGGUGGGCGUGGCUGCAGGAAUCCAGCCUUCAGGAUACGGCACAGACACUCAUUGCUGGCUACGUACAGACAAUGGAUUUAUCUGGAGUUUUGUGGGCCCAGUAGCUGCUGUGAUCAUAAUAAAUAUUGUCAUGCUGAGUAUAGCUGUGUACAUGAUGUGUAAACAUGCUAAUACUCUCGCCUCUGCCCUUCGCACGAAGGAAAAGUCACGUCUACAGAAAAUCAGGGCUUGGCUGAAGGGUGCAGCCGUCCUGGUGGUGUUGCUGGGACUGACCUGGGCGUUUGGAAUCCUUUACAUCAACAAAGAGUCCGUUGUCAUGGCGUACAUCUUCACAAUACUGAAUAGUCUCCAAGGACUCUUCAUCUUUAUCUUCCAUUGUCUUCUCAAUGAGAAGGUGAAGAAAGAGUACAAGAAACUGGCAUACCGCUCAACAUGGCUGCCAAGCUGUCUGAGAGAUAUGUGUAUCGGCUAUUCUAGCUCAAGCUCUCACAACAACUCAUCUUCAAGUGGAGGGCACUUGCUGAAGUUUUGGAGUGGAAGAAGACGAAGGAAGUCUUCAAAUUCAACACUGACAAGCAGAGGUCACCAAAACAAAAGGAAGAGUGACCCUCGCAGUGACCUUGACAGCUACUCCAGUAGAGAGCAAACCAUCUAUACACAUGGUGGUUCUGGUCGUCAUAGCAACAGGAAGUCAAAUGGUCACUCGAAUGGCCACAUCCCCCACCACCGAGACAUGGAUGGCAUUGCAGGGGACCUCUCUGUGGCAGACUGCUCUGUAAUUGACAGUGAAUAUGUUUCAGAAUAUUGUCACAACAACCUACAGGUUUCUAGGGAAACCCAUCGCUACUCUUCAGCAUCUGAAGAAACUGAUCACAUGAUCACUGAGGAACCAAUAGAAAAAGACAGACUUUCAGCUUUAUCUACUGAUUCUGCACUGAAGUAUAACUCUGAGUUUGCUUCAUCUGCAGAUGGUAUUGAUGGGGACUACAUGGAACCUAAUCACUACUCUGAGCCAAAUCACUACACCGAGGUGAUGAGUGUAGAAAAUCCAUACUCUGAAGUGCUUCCUCUAGACGAUGACCCACACAGGGAGAGUCAGUACGAAGACACUCCCUUAAUGCAGUCUAUGUCCGAGGCUGAGCAGAAUUUUAUCAAUGACAUUCUUAGUGGUCAGGCAUCAGACAGUCUGAUGAAGAAACAUUCCAUGGAGGACAUGCGAUCAAGUUCUGAUCGGCUUGAGUAUAGACUUGACCACAGCACGCCCAAUGGAAAAUACAAACAUUCACCUAGUAACAACAACUGUAUCAAUAUCGGUAUGGAUGGAAACCAGGACCAUCUGUGGAGCAGCUAGCCAUCAUAACAAUCAUAAUACAGCAAAGCAUAAUACCAAUGGCUGCAUGGCAUUGUGUACCUACAUUUUCACAGAGAUUAGACCUUAAAAAUUGGUCAACAGACUCAAGAUGAACGAACUUGAAGUUCAUAUGUUUUUGAACUCAUUCCUUGUGGACCUUACCUUUAGUGUAAUCAAGGGAUGUUUCAAAUAAGGUCACAAUUCAUUAACAAGGUGAAUUUCAGUCUGUUACCGAGGGUACAACACAAACAAGGUCACAGAAACUGUUUAAGGUCAUAGCUAUGUGCAGUUGGCGAUACUUUUGUUCACAAUAUUUUAUUUGAAACAAAGACUUUUUUUACAUGUAAAUUAACCUAUUAUUGGAUAAAAAUGUGUCUGUCCCCAUCUU